CUCCAAUAUUCCUCACCGUAAAACCCUACGGAUAGUCUACGUGCAUGGUGGUUGCAACCAUGGCCUGGCUCUCUGGGGCCACCAAGAGCAUCUCCUUGCACAAUCUUUUCUCGCACCACGAGAAACCGCACCCGCCGACCCUCGGAAUCCUCGCAUUCGAGACAGCCAAGGCGAUGACGCGCCUCGUCUCGCUCUACAGGUCCCUUGCCGACGACGAGAUCUUGAAGCUCAGAAAAGAGGCCAUGAGGUCCAAAGGCGUCGCAUAUUUGAACAGCCAAGACGAAGGAUUUCUUCUCAAGCUUGCUUGCGCAGAAAGGCUCGAGGAUCUCAAUCAAGCCGCCCACACCGUCUCCCGCCUGGGCCAGAAAUGCUCCGAUUUCGGACUUAACCGGUUCGACAUUGUCUACAAUGAUUUGAAGCUCGGAGUCAUCGAAAUAAGCAAGCUCGAAUUCGAUACGAGAGGCGUCCAGAAAAUCAUUGAAAGAAUGGAGAAAUCCAUAUCCACUACUGCCAAUCUGUACACAGCGUUGGAAUCCCUCGCCCAAAUGGAAGUAUCGGAGCGAAAAGUUGACCGGUGGAAGAACACUCUCGGUAACAAACACAAGACAAAUUCGGAAUAUCUAAAGCAGAAAAUCGUGUUUCAGAAAAAACAGGUGCAACGCUAUAAAGAAAUCUCGUUGUGGAACCAGAGCUUCGACAGGAGCGUAGGGCUCAUGGCGCGAACCGUUUGCGUCGUGUACGCCCGAAUCUGCACCGUUUUCGGACCCUACGUUUCGGGUCUACCGUCUCUCUCGAAGAACUUACGUCCUUCUCCGAAUCAGAAAAGGCAAAUCUUUUGGUUUGACCACGAGACCAACCAUUGCCUUAUCGAAUUCCGAGACACAAACGAAAAGUCCGGUUCGAGAUCUGGUCCGAUGCCGAAGACCACUCAGAAAAAGGAAAUUGUCCGGUUCUUCAGCAGCGAAUCGAACAACUUUUUCUCGGACGAAAUCCGGUUUACGAGCAACAACAACUGCGGAGCGAUAGGGAAGUACAACAGAGUUUUCAGCUUGGCUCCGCCGUCCACGGUGGGGGGGUCCGGGCUCUCUCUGCGCUACGCAAACGUGAUAAUAUGCGCGGAGCGGUGUUUGUACACGCCGGCCACCAUAGGCGAGGACGAGCGUGGGGCGUUGUACGAGAUGUUGCCGUCGAGGCUCAAGGCGACGGUGAGGGUGAAGCUGAAGAGCCAUUGGCUGAAGAAGGAGGAGGAGUCAAAUGGGUGCGAUGGGCACUCGCUGGCGGAGGGGUGGAGGGACGCGGUGGAGGAGAUAAUGGGGUGGCUGGGGCCACUGGCUCACGACACGAUGAAGUGGCAGACGGAGAGGAACUAUGAGAGGCAGAAGUUUGAUCCAAAGCCUACGGUGCUGUUGUUGCAGACGCUGCACUACUCGGAUUUGGAGAAGGCGGAGGCUGCCAUUGUCGAAAUUUUGGUGGGGUUGAGUUGUAUAUAUAGGUAUGAGCCUCGGUGAUUGCCUACUUUUUUUGCUGUUCACCGGAGAUGAUGAUGCUGGGUUUUCAAGUCAUGGACGAACGGUUUUGGUUCUUUUUUUUUUUUUUUUUUUGGAUUAAUUGAUCUUAAUUAUACGAUACUCUUUUGGAUUGGGUGGGAGCGGAAAAGAAAAAGAAAAUAAAAGGACUAAAAAAGAAGAGAGAGAGUUGGCUUAUUAAUUAAGUGAGAUUGUUUUUUGUUUUUACUCCGGCCACUUUUUGUUUUUGUUUUCAAGAGGGGAUGAAAAUGAGAAUGUUUUGGUUAUGUUUAUGUUCAUUAUUUCCAGAAUUUGGAGAACAUGAAGCAAAGGAGUAUAAAAUGGAAGAUGGGAUUCUAUUUGAUUUAAA